UUUAUAAAACACUCAUUGCUUUAAAAGUUUUUGUACGCUUUAGCUUACUUUAGGGGCAUUUUUGUCUCCAAAUUAUAACUAAGUAAACUUCCACACUCAGUUACAAGCCAAAAGUCAAGGCAAACAAUGAAAGCAUCAUAUGGGACAUCAUUUCUAGCUCAUGCAAAAAGACCACAACAGUUGAGCAACUCUGAACAUCCGGUGCAACUUGACGUCAUUAGGUUAGGUGACACAGGGUACGAUGAUGAUGAUGAUUCUGAGGUUCUAUUAUUGUGGUGGCGCGUUGGGCGCCUUUGCUGGUGCGGGCUGCACACACGCACACACGCACACAUACACACACACAGCGGCUGUGAUUGACACAGUGAAGGGGUGGGGACGCAGGGUGGGGUCAGCAGCAGGGAGAGGCGGAGGAGAGACUCACAGCUCGAGCCCAACCCUGAAACACGGCAACAAACACACAGUGAAAGACGACCGGGGCGACGGAAAGAGGGUUUAUUUCUCGACGCCGGGGAUAUGAUUUCUGUGAUCCGCCGAGGCAACGAGCGCACCUUUCUCCUCUAAUACUGAGGUGGAAAAACUGACAUCGAGCUCAGUGUUAUUCAAAUAUCACCCCGCCCGAUCCGAUCGACCCCCCCUCCACUCCACCCCUUCACCGCCGCUUAGAUACCGAGAUGCACACGGAGACUCGGAACAAAAAAUUGGUCCUCGAACACCUUAUUUGGCAGUGCAUGGAGUUAGUGGAGCGCCUCUGAGAAAAGCAAUGACAAAUGUCAGACGAGUCCGAAGAAAUCCACUGCAGCCACCUCUGAGCCUGUUGAGGAGAUGCCAUCCAUACAAAUCAAGCCGGAGCCAGAGGAGGUGGAGUGUAUGGUGAAACAAGAGCCGUUAGACGAUUGUCCUGAGCCUACAGACCUCAAAAUCAAAUCCUCGCCCCCUCCGCUCCGUGACAUCAGCACCCAACACAACGAUGACGACCAGACGGAACCCGUGGACCUGUCCCUCAACAAGCCCCGCCCCUCCUUUCCGAUAGCCACGGCAACCUCCACUCCUGCGAACCCGCCUCCUCAAAACAUCACGGCGAGCGCCACCAUCCCGGCGGUGCUGUCGCCGGGCUCCAUCCUGGCGUCCACGCAGGGGGUCGGAGGUCAGCAGAUCCUGCAUGUCAUCCACACCAUACCCUCCGUGAACAUGCCCAGUAAAAUGGGGCAGCUGCAAACCAUCCCCGUGGUGGUGCAAUCCUUACCGGUCGUCUACACAACUGUACCCACAGACGGAGUGGCUACCGCCGCCAUCACAGUACCUCUCAUCGGAAGCGACGGGCGGUCGGAGGGAUCAGUGCGUAUAAAGCCAGGCUCAACCUCUCCAGUCGAGUAUCAGUCUGAAAGUGAUGCUGAGAGCGGCACAGAGUCUGGAUCGGCCUCUUUCAGCACACAAGGGAUGGAACCCAGUAUGAAUACAGAUGUUGACAUCCAAGUUGACCCUGACUCACCAGACAUGAAGAGAAGGCGCGUACACAUGUGCGAUUAUGAUGGCUGCAACAAAGUCUACACCAAGAGCUCACAUCUGAAAGCCCAUCGCAGAAUACACACAGGUGAAAAGCCAUACCAGUGCACAUGGGAGGGCUGUACCUGGCGCUUUGCCCGCUCGGACGAGCUGACGCGGCACUUUCGCAAGCACACCGGCAUCAAACCCUUUCGCUGCACCGACUGCGACCGCAGCUUCUCCCGCUCUGACCACCUGGCACUUCACCGACGGCGCCACGUCAUGAUGUGAAACUCUUUGUGCCCCUCCCUCCCCAGCCCUCACCUCCCUGCCUGCUCCUCAGGAGACACGCACGCCCAUCCGGGGGUUCCAAAUGCUGUUGACGUCACCUCCCCCAGUCUCCAGAUGUGAACCUAUGUGUUAAAUAAGGAGGUACAAGGGGUGGCACGACCAUAUUGGUUACCCCUACUGGUCAGAACAUGGCUGCAGUUUUCUGCCAUGCUUCCAGAAGCCACAAACCACCCGUCCACUGAUGACCUCCACCUCCAUCUCAAUGCCUGAUCAUUAGCCGUUACUUGAAGGGACUACAAGAAAGGCAAACUGCACGCAGCACUGCUAUAACUAUAACAGAGAAUGAUGACUGGGGAAAGUCUCCCUUGAGGUGAUUCUUUUAAAACGAGUACAGAAAGUAAAGGAUUUUAUGCAAGAUGGUGAGGGGAAAAGUAGAAUUAUGUAAUAAAUUUGAUCAUUUUAAUGAGAUGGGUGGGUUGGAGAUGCAUCUACAGCUGCCUUGUUGAAUCUUACAUUUUAUCCAAACUUUUUGUUGUACUAAAGUUGUGUACACACACCCAACAUGCAUUUUAGAGUACGUCUGUACGUUUCUGUGUGGAUGUAGAGUGCAUCGUAAAGACAGCUGAAGAUGUACCAUGCCCUCUUUUAGUGUUUGUUUGUUUUUUUAACAAAUCGUUUGAGGUCCUUUUCUGAUAUCUACCCUAACCCGAAUGAGAAGUAGAGGCAGGGGGCUGACAAGACUGUGAAUUUUUGUACAUUUUGUUUCUUGAUUAGUAUGUGUUGUCUAAGCAUCUUCCCAAAAAUAGUUUGGCGCAAAAAACAGUAUUUUUUCUUCUUCUUUUUAUUGCCAUUAAUGGCGUCUAACAGAGUUAACACCCAUCACAGGGUGUUCUUUAUCUUUAUCUAACCUUCAGAUAUUAUUUCAUAAGGCUGUGAAAAAAGUUUGAAAAAAGAAACAUAACUCGCAGGGAAAGGGGAAGCUUACUAAAUUGGGUUGCGUGCGUGCGUGUGUUUGUGUGUCUGUGUAUAAGCACACUUGUUUGCAUAUUUGUAAAGAAGACAUAAUCAGAGAUAUAAUAGUAGAGAUGUCUAGAUGCAUUCUUACUUCUAGUCCAUCGGAGCCUUAAUUGAAGUAAACGUGCAAAUCUGAUUUGCACAACAGGUUUUCGGAGUUCCUCAGGGUUCGAUACUGGGACCCCUAUUUUUGUGAGGCACCCUGAAAAUCCUUAUUUGCACCUAGUUCACAGUGAAAAAACUUAAUGUCUUAACAGCUCCUGCCCUGAAAUGCAUGAUAUGCAAAACUACCCCCUCCCUUCCCCCCCAAAAUGCUGUUGAUGUUACUUGACAUUAAUGUCAGAAAAAAACAGUUGGCCACAGUCAACAUAAAUUGGUGAGGAGAGGGUAUCUUUCACACAUUUCUUCCCUCUAGCUAACACUCAUAGCCAUGGUCAUAAUUUCAAUCGCUAGCAGCUGAUUAAGUGCGCAUUAAGCCUUUUUUUCAGAAGCGGCGCUUGUUCGAUUCCAGCCUUUGAGAGUUAAGUGCAUGUCUGCAGCAGCUGCACGAACUUCAGAGAGCAAUGCAUUCGUAAGAUUUUGUAUCGUUCUCUCGCUUCGACUCGAAACGUUACUAAGCACAUCUUUCUAGAAGAGUAUAUGCAUUUGAUUGCGAUCCUUUCUUUUUUUAAAAAAUAAAAAUAAAAAACUGUUCAUAGACAUACAGACAAUGAAUAAUUAAAGAGUUAAUGUACAUACUGUAUAUAAUCUACAAAGUUCUUGAAUAAAUGUAACGGGUGGAUUUCUAUUUUUAACACUGACUAGAUAAUGUGAAAUACUCGUUUUCUUUUUAUUUUUUGUUGUUUCUUUGAAAUGUAAUUUUUUCUUUCUUUUUUAAAUCCCUUGAAACGAGUCCCCUAUGUGUUGUACACCCCAAAAGUGUUGCAUGGAGAGUAGUUUUUUUCUUUUUUUUGUGAAGUCGGUGAGCAUGUCAAAGCGUUGGUGCCCUGACAGACGUGGCCUAUAAGCACUGAUAAUCCACAUGAAAUGUGUGCAACAGUGGCCAUUCGUAGCACAUGCAUGGCCUUUUUCUAGUUACUACAAGACAUGCUGGUAAAACACGGCCUUCAUAUCAUCCUAAAUUGAUAUUCUAUAGGAGUUGCCCCCUUAUCAAUGUUUAAGUGCCCACGACUGAAAUUUGUAACAUCCUCUACUAUCUGAGCACGUUUGCAUUCAUCACUUGUAUCUGAUUUGUUUAAAAUAGUGUGCGACUUUGUGCUCGAAUCAUGAAAGGGUUUGGGUUUCGUGUGAGUGUCUGUGUGCAAGUGUGAUUAUCAUUAAAUUCUCUUUUAAACUUUCAGAAUCAUAGGUAUUUUAUAUUGAAUGCAGUAACUUAUGGGCCAGUACUAUAUUACUCAGUGCAAUGCAGUUAUCAUUAUAACAAAACAAGUAAUUAAUGUUAUUUCUUUUGUAUUUGUACAGAACAAGUGUGUAAAGAUCAGCGAGGAAAACGCGAGCUUUUUGAUACUGUGAGGAAUGGUGUUAAAAGUCAGUUUCCCCCUGUACAGUUGUGAUUACCCACUCCUUUUAUAGAAUAAAAUGUUUUUGGUGCAACAAG